AUGGAAAGGCUUCAAAACAACUUUGUUUUUAUUCUUGGCGGUUCAAGUGGAAUUGGAAGAGCGAUUCUUGAGCAUUUUGGGUCAAAACUAGAGUCUUCGACAAUCGUUUUUACGUGGAGAAGAAAGUCGGCGUUGGAGAAGAUUGACUUUGGCUUUGUGAGGGGAGGAAAUGAGGUUAUUCCGGUAGAGCUGGAUCUUGGGAAGGAAUUCGAGGUGAUGGCAGAGUUGGAUAAAUGGAUCGGGAGCUGCAAAAGAGUGAUUUUUGUUGCGUGUGCUUUUGAACUAGGGUAUGAUCAAAGUGGUGUGAGUGGACUCAAUGCUGCUCGAAUUUCAAAGUAUUUCAACACAAACGUCUCAAAUUUCGUCGAAGUCUUCAAUGCGAUAAACCGUGCUCGUGGAAGCAAAGAUUUCACUGUGUUCAAUCUCGGCAGCAGUUUUGGCUACGAAGGCCCUUCAUAUGCCGCUGCUAAUUGGAGCUUACAAUGCGUCGGAAAGGCUUCUAGGGGUAUUUUUCUGCGAGCAGCUCAGCAAGAAAAGGGCGACUUUCGAAUUCUGACACUUAUGCCUGGCUUGGUCAAAACUGAAAUGCUUCAGGAAGCAAAAGAUCUUGGGAUGAGUUCACAUUCAGAAGAAGAAAGUUCUCCGUCCGAAAUCGCCAUAAGAUCUUUCCAGCUAUUGUUCGAAGACACAAUAGAUGAACCUUACUCUGUUUUUACUAAAUAA